GUUUUGACUUCGUGUACAGUGGCGCGUUUGGUCAGCGACGACCACCAGCAAAUUCCAGAAGUUUACGCGGCUACUUGCUUUAUAAACAAGGCUUACGUUAUGGCUUCCUGGCAUCGCAGUUUCUCAAAUGGAUGAGCAGGCUCCCGCUACUUUUACUUCUUGAUUUAUUUCUUGAUUUCUAUUCUUUUGGACUUCCCCACAUCUUCAUUCUUAUUUCUGUAAAAUGGCGGAAAUAGAUCCUUUGAUCUUUUCGUAUUCGCACUUGGCGAACUUCCCCCGAGAAAAGGAGGCUUUACAUACUCUUAAAAAAGUCGCUUCCUUGGUGAAGCCUUUGAUGAGGGCGAGAGGAUGGAAAGUUGGGCAGCUGACCGAGUUCUUCCCGGAACAACACAAUCUCUUAGGCCUAAAUGUAGGUCGCGGGCAGAGAAUAUGUCUCCGACUUCGGUAUCAUAGCGAUCGUAACCAAUUUGUCCCCAUCGAACAAGUAAUCGAUACGAUGCUUCACGAGCUAGCGCAUAACGUUCACGGCCCACACGACGAGAAAUUCCAUGCUCUGUGGAAUCAGUUACGGGAAGAACAUGAGGCGCUUAUAAUGAAAGGAUAUACCGGCGAAGGGUUCUUGUCGGCGGGCCAUCGACUCGGCGGUAGGAGGAUACCCAUGGAUGAAGCUCGUAGGAUGGCUCGGGCAUCCGCGGAGAAGCGCCGCACGCUGAACGCAGGCUCCGGUCAACGACUGGGCGGUAACGCUCCCGGACCAGGCCAGGAUAUUAGAAGGGUUAUUGUUAGCGCGGUCGAACGCCGUAAUAAUUCUCUCCGAGGCUGCGCGAAUGACAACCGACCACAAAACGAGAUUCAGCAAAUCGCCGACACGGCAACUAAAAAUGGGUUCAGGACACAAGCAGAAGAGGACGCCGCGAACGAUGCCGCAAUAGCACAGGCUCUUUGGGAGCUCGUCCAAGAAGAAGAGAUGGCUAAGAAAGGCAACGAUUACAUUCCUCCCAGCUCCAGCAUCCAAACUUGGGAUGACGGCGGUGGCUCUUCUAGUUCGGCGCCGGGGCCACCUGAGCCUUCGCGUAAACCUGAGAAGAGCGUAAGUAGAGGAUCUACGUGGACGUGCGAUAUCUGUACCCUCGUGAAUCCGGCUAGUUUCCUAUGUUGCGACGCAUGUGGCAUGGAACGAGGCGAGAAGAUCACCCAAGACCUCGCCGGGAGAUCGACAAAGGGACAGCCAACAUUUAUUGAUCUGACCCAGUCCCCAUCGGCGAAUAAGCGUAGUGUUUCUACCUCAAAACCGGGUUCGAGACCGACGGCAGGACCACCCAUACCACAUUCUACGAGACCACCCGCGCCAACAUGGACAUGCACGUUCUGUGGACGGGUCAGAGAGAAACAAUGGUGGUCCUGCGACCUAUGCGGAACUAUCAAGCAGCAAUCGUAAUGAUGGAGAUGAUGGUUGUAUCACGAUUUUCACGAAUUUGCUGAAUACCCUUUUGAACUUUUGACGAUAUACUCGUCGGUUGGUUACUUGUCAGCCUAUCUAUUAUCUAGCCUAGGAACUUGGAAUAUACUCAUAUAUCCGUGAUAAG